AUGUCAGCAGAUAAUAGUACAGUGACCUUAACACAAGGUACUAAAAUUGUUUUGACAUUUUUAAUGUCCUUACUAGCUGUUGCUAUAAUAUUAGGGAAUGCUGUGGUCAUUUUAGCUUUUAUUGUGGACAAAAAUCUUAGACAUCGAAGUAAUUAUUUCUUUCUUAACUUGGCCAUUUCAGACUUCUUUGUGGGUAAGUUAUAUGUCUUUAUUUUAAAUAAUCUUUUGUAA